UCCAUCGUGAAGACUUGUUCUGUGUCCUACAUAACCUGUUGGUCAUUGCCAACAGUUUUUAUUCGUACCGCAACAUCUUAGUCUUGAAAGCUACCUUUGGAAAGUUUUGCAUCAUUGUUUUCGAGGGCUAUGGCAGCGUUUUCCAAAAAGCUGAUGACGUGACAUGAAUCGCACCGGCAAAGUUUUGAAUUCUGUUGCCCCCAUGGUCUGCUGGGGAGAGAGCUGGACUCGACCAAAGCUCAUUUAUGCUGAUUAAUUCAACCUAACCAUCAGCAACACUGCUUUGGGGGAAGAUGCAUUGCACAAGAAGGAAGCGACUGCAGCUGAGUCGGGUCCUGUUUCUCCUCUCUGGAGUUUUCCUGUGCACCCUCUACCAGCUGACCAUCAGUGCCCGACUGCAUGCUCCGCUGCCAAUGGCUCAGAUUGGAGAGGAUUUUGGAGAAGGUUCAACAGAGGGUGUUCAUGAGCCCACGGUGGAGCCCGGGGGGCUGGAGGAGCCUCUCACUGCAACACAAGAGUUUGAGCUCACAGAUCAAACAACACCAGGGAUGCAUGUGGUCACCCAGACGUACGAGGAUACCGAUGUAAACACGGAUGCCAAUACAGAUACAACUCAAGAGUUCGAAGCGUCAACCACCACGGAAUCUACACAAUUGCCAACCACAAACGGAACUAUGGUUCAUUGCAUCUAUGUUUUUCCUGAACCUCCAGAAGAGACACCCACACCAGCUGCAGUUCCUCCUACAGUCACUACUCCAGCUACCCAUGGUGAAGCCCCACACGUUAAGGGAGAUUACCCUGAAGACAUCUUCUCUAUUGAAGAUCGAAGAAAAGGAUGGGUGACCCUCCACAUUCUGGGGAUGAUUUACAUGUUUGUGUCUCUUGCGAUUGUCUGUGAUGAGUUCUUUGUGCCUGCACUGGGGGUAAUCACAGACAAGUUAGCCAUCUCUGAUGACGUGGCAGGAGCCACCUUCAUGGCUGCAGGAGGCUCUGCACCGGAACUUUUCACCUCCUUAAUAGGAGUCUUUAUCGCCCACAGCAAUGUGGGCAUUGGCACCAUUGUGGGUUCGGCGGUUUUCAACAUUUUGUUUGUAAUUGGGAUGUGCGCUUUGUUUUCUCGGGAGAUGCUUCAUCUGACCUGGUGGCCGCUUUUCAGAGACGUGUCAUUCUACAUACUUGGCCUCAUCUUUUUAAUCAUCUUCUUCUUGGAUAAUGUUAUUAUGUGGUGGGAGAGCAUGAUUCUGGUGGCCUGUUACUCUAUAUAUGUAGUCUUUAUGAAGUACAAUGUACAACUGGAGCGAGCGUUCAAGACUCAACUCCACAAGCACAAAAGCAUUGUGAAAGUCAUUACUGUAGAAGAACCUGAACAGACAAAUGAGGAGGAUGAAGAUAAUGCACCUCCUGCUCCAGAGGACAAGAAUCUCUUAAAGAUAAAGCCAGCCCUUCAGCGAGGGGGGAGCUCGGCCUCUCUACACAACAGCACCAUGAGAAGCACCCUCUUCCAGCUCAUGAUUCACACGUUAGACCCUCUAGGAAAUGGUAAAUUUAAGGAUAAGGCUGAAACUCUGACGACUGUGGUUAAACAGAAGCCAGAGCCCAAAUCAGAGCCCAAAGACAAAGGUGGAGAUGGUGGGGGGAAAACUGAUCAGACCAAAGAGCAAGAGGCUGCUCCUGCCGCUGACGGAGACAAAGACGAACAGCAGGAAGACAAGAAGGACGAUGUACCGGCAGAACAGGGUGGGUCUGGAGGCGAAGACGAUCAUAACAGUGACGAAGGAGACAGUGACGACGACAGCUAUGAAUCCAGUGAAGAGGAGGAGGAGGAGGAGGAGGAAGAGGAGGAGGAGGAAGAGGAGGAGGAGGAGCAGGAGCAGGAGGAAGAGGGAGAUGAAGACAAGGGGGAAGAAGGAGAGAAACCUUUGUCUUUAAACUGGCCGGACACGCGACCCAAACAAGCCACCUUCCUCUUCCUGUUGCCCAUCGUCUUCCCACUGUGGCUCACAGUUCCUGAUGUUCGCAACCAGAAAUCCAAAAAAUUCUUUGUGAUCACCUUCAUUGGCUCCAUUAUAUGGAUUGCCAUAUUUUCCUACCUCAUGGUGUGGUGGGCCCAUCAGGUGGGAGAGACCAUUGGCAUCUCUGAGGAGAUCAUGGGCCUGACUAUCUUGGCUGCAGGGACGUCCAUUCCUGAUCUCAUUACUAGUGUGAUUGUGGCUCGUAAAGGUCUGGGAGACAUGGCGGUGUCCAGCUCAGUGGGCAGUAACAUCUUUGACAUCACCGUGGGUCUACCCGUCCCCUGGCUUCUGUACUCGUGCAUCAAUGGUUUGGCUCCAGUGGCCGUCAGCAGCAACGGGCUCUUCUGUGCCAUCGUGCUGCUUUUCCUCAUGCUCCUGUUUGUCAUCAUCUCCAUUGCAGCCUGUAAAUGGAAGAUGAACAAGGCGCUGGGUUUCACCAUGUUUCUCCUCUACUUCAUCUUCCUGGUGCUCAGCGUCAUGCUGGAGGAUCGUAUCAUCGUCUGUCCCAUUUCAAUCUGAAAGUGCAAACAAGAAGCCUUUGCUGCAGUAGGUAUUCUCUCCCCUUUUGAUAUGAACACGAUCUGUCAACCCAGAAAUGGAUGUCAUGAGUGGUAAAAGAUGGUACCCACUCAUGUGAAACGGAUUCUUUGACACGAUGCCUGUGGAAAAAAGUGAUAUCAUAACAAAGAAAACAUUUGCUUAAUCACUUAUUCUAAAACAAACACAAAAAAAAUGAACAGCUGUAAUUUUCUGUGUAAAAGGUUUGAUCUCUGAACUUAGAAGUGCUCCCUUCAGCAGAAUAUUUCUGCAGUUGACCAUCAGCUUGCUAAAAACUGAACCGCUCUUCCAGGGACGGCGUCUUCACUUACAAGACCGUUGAAAAGUUUUACGUAUUGCCUGUUUUAAAUCCUCCCACAGUACGAUGUAACCUGUGUUGUGUCUACUCCAGCGAAUUCAUUUUUCAGGGUUGGUCAAUUGUUUGAAGCAUUUUCCACACAUUUGUAUCUUAUUUCUUUGCAGCCUCUAAUUUUAAAAACUUUCACAUUACCAUGUCAUUUCACAUGGCAUGUCCAGAAGCAACCUCAAUCUUUCUGUUCAAUCAAAGUAAACUCUUCAAGGUCUCACAUCCCUAGACAUCGCACAGUUCAGAUGUUGAAGGUAGAUUUCACCUGUAACUCCAAGGUGGGGAGGGGGGUCUAAUAAUGUGCUUUGUGCUUGCAUGAUACUUUUGAGUGAUUUACUCUAUAUUGUAAAAGAUAAUUACAGAAUAAAUGUCAGUUUUGGGAGACAUUUGUUUCAUUUGCUUGAGUAUAAGUGUUUGCUUGUUCAAACAUCUUGAGACACCCAUGAGCUGUACUUUAUGUUGUUUAACAUUUGAUUUUAGAAACCAUGAAGCUUCUGUAACUUCUUAUUAUUAUAAUUAUGAUUUUUUGCAUCUUUGCCAGUGUGAUGUGUGGUACGUUGCCAGCUCAGCAUACUGCAACAUUUUCAACAACCUGAUAAAUACUUUUAGUAAGAAAGGCAGCUUUAACAUUUGUGUUUCUAUCCCACUGGAACAUCUUUUUGUUUUUUAGAUUGUGCUUAAGAAUGAAUAUGAUCUCAUACUCUUUUGUUUUUCUCUUUUUACAAAAUAUUGUCUGUAAAGCUAAGGUAGAUAACAAGGACAUGUGUACAUGUUGGACAAAUUAGGUUUCUUAAUUGGAAUUUCGUAUAUGUAUGUAUAAAAAUGAACCAACUAUUGUUUUAUAACUUUAUUUUAGAGGACCAGACUUAGUUUCACUAAUCAGAAAUCUCAGUUUAGAAAUAAUCAAACUUGAAACCAAUAGGGCAAUUGUGUUUAUUCAUAAAUGAAGGCAAGUUGUAGAUCCAGCCAGGGAAGAAAUUCGAUUUCUUUUUCAUGUAAAAAUCAUACAAAUCCAUAUCUGUGUUACAAAUGAUAAACAAUACUUUGGAAACAUUGUUCAAAUUGACAAGUAGUGUAAACAACACACAGACAAAAGUUAUGUUUUGGUCAUCAGUGGUUUUUAGACGCUAUAGUUACAAAGGGUUAAAAUGCAGAUUUACACGCCGUGAGGUUGGUGUUCCUUCCAAGCACACAGCUUCAACUCAUCCAGCAUCGUAUCAGUAAAAGUGAUUGUGACAUCCAGUAAUAAGCUUAAUAUAAAAUGAAUUUAGGCAGUCUUUCUUCAGUCUUUUUUUUUCCAGUUAGUAGUAAAAGUCAAUAUCGACACAGUGAACACUCGUCACAAUUAUCUUUUUCAGCGAUUCUGAAUCAGGGCAGGUCAGAGCUUUGAUUUCAUUUAAUAAACACAGUGCAAAGAAAUCUGCGCUGUGAACCUUUGGAGCAGAUAGUAAGUGUUUGAAAUAUUCUUCUCUGCUCUUUACCUCACACGAAACAAUGCAGAUUCGUCCAGAUAUCCAAAACCGACAUAGACACGAUACAAUGAAUACCAAGAAAUGAAAUAUCCAAAACUGUGUCAGUUAUCAUGUUGAUUAAACCAAAAUCUACCCUGUGUGGUCACAUACAGUUUAUAAGUUAAUAAAUCCUUAUUUUUUAUUAUUGAAAAACUGUAAAUAACUGUAAAUAAAUCACAUAAUUAUGAUUCCUUUGCGGGCUCUUUGCGGGUAUAUGGAAGAAAGAAAAUGAACAAAUAAAUAUUGUGCAUAUAUUCA